AUGACGAUUGCACGAAUCGACCGCGUCUCGGAGACCAACGAGCAGCAAGAAUACGAGCAAUGGAUCCUACGCCAACAUUACCCGGAAGAACGCGUCAAGAACGACGUACGCCAUCUGGUCCACGACGUUGCUCCACCCAUUGGCGGCGACGAGAAACGGCGCUCCUCGUCAGCCAGCACGAAAUCCACAUCAAGCAUCAAAGGCAAGUUCAAGUCUUUCUGGAACAAUACCGUCGUGCCCGCCUUCCCAGAGGCCAUUACCGAUAUCUCCAUUAUUAAAGCCGCGCUGAAAGUCGAGUCGACCAUCGCCAAAGACCUGAAGGAUGUCACCAAGCACCCUGAAGUCGGGCGGGUAGGAGAAGUCCGACGCGGCUUCGAGUUGUCGCCGGAGGAAGUGCGGUUUCGCCAACUGAGAAAGAUCAAGGUCCGCGAUGCGUUUUGUCGGUAUCUGGAUCUGGACCCCUCGCAGGUCCAUGUCGAUGAUGUGCCGAUCGUGGCCUUUGGCGGGUCUGGAGGCGGAUACAGAGCGAUGAUCGGAUUAUUGGGGUAUGGCGAAGAGAUGAAACGGACGGGCUUAUGGGAUUUGUUGACCUACGUCUCGGGCGUGAGCGGGAGUUGCUGGAGUCUGGCCGCCUACUACACGUGGGGCGGCGCCAGUAUGCAGAGAGUCAUUGAACAUUGCAAGAAAAGACUCAGUCCGCACCAUCCGUUGUCACCGGAAGCUAUCAGGGAACUGCUGAAUGCGCCGGGUGGGCCGGCGAAGACGUUGGGUCCCAUAGUACAGAAGCGCCGUUCGGGCCUACAUACCGUGGCGAUGGACCUAUACUCUGUUUUCACGACAGGAUAUCUCUUCUUGCUGCAUGACCCAAGUUUGAAUCCACCAGGGGCAAAGGGAAGUGUCACUGUGAAGAAGGAAGUGGCCGGGUACCAUGAAGAUUGGUACAAAUGGACAUCGGCGAAUCGUUAUCUUCAGGAUGGGAGCGAGCCGUUGCCGAUUCUUACGGCGAUCCGGCACGAGAGACCCUGGAAGGACUGGGUGGACAAAGAACACCCAUUCAACGAUGCCGACCCGGACACAAAAGAGCACGAAGAGGCAGAAGACGCAUGGUUCAACUGGUUCGAAAUCUCACCCAUCGAGGUAGGUUGCGACGAGCUGGAAGCCUGGGUACCAACAUGGGCGUUUGGCCGACCCUUCGAAAGGGGGCGAGACACGCUGCAAAUCCCCGAGCAGUCGCUUGCAUUACUGCUGGGUCUAUGCACCAGUGCCCCAGCGGGUCCCUUGACCUCGUACCUCGCGACCAUCAAACGAAGUCUCCCCCCCGGUUUCAUCGGGAAUACGGUGCAAGACAUAUCCAAGGGGAUCGCACGCAUGUGGGGAGAGAAAGGCACUGAAGAAUUCCAAGGCCAUCAUCCCCUGCACGCCGUCAACGAGCAUAACUUCAUGUACCACCUGACCCGGGGCGAGAACCCGGGCAAACCUUCCCCGCCGAUCGAGAACUCGCCUCGCAUCCACCUCAUCGAUUCGGGCAUGGACAACAACUGCCCCACCUACGUCAUGCUACAUCCUCACCGACAAGUCGAUGUGAUCUUGAACAUGGAUGCGUCCAGCGACGUGCUCAAGGACAGUUUCCAAGAACGUGUCGACCAAAUCGGCAGCCGACGCUGUUUGAAGUUCACCAAACGGCAUAGCGAACUGCGCGUUAAACACGACGAUGAGGACAAAAAGAAUCCCGAUCGCUUUAAGGGCCUCUAUGCCCAGAUCUAUGACGGUAGUAUUCUCCCGCAGCGGCCAGAGACAGUGGUCGACUCGUACGGCCAUACCGUCACAAACCCGCCGGCGCCGCCGUGUCGGUACGAGUCGACCAUGGUAUACAUGCCUCUCCUGCCAAAUGAACAUGCGGUGCCGGAUUUUGACCCGUCCACGGCCAAAUUUUCGGGUUCGUAUAAUCUGGUGUGGACGGCAGAGCAGGUCGAAAUGCUCGUCAAGGUCUGUCUUGCCAACUAUAAGGCCGGUGAAGACACGAUAAAGACGAUCCUUCGAGAGGCGUGGCAGAGGAAGAAGGCCCGGAGAGAAGCUGGUGCCGGUUAUGGUCCCGAUCAUCCUCCUCCUCCAGCGUCUUGA